AUGAAGUUCCAAGUUUGUCUGAUAUGCUUUUACCUCGCACAGGUCAAACGGAGUUAUCGAUGUGAUCAGGCAGUAUCAGCUGGAGCAGGUGCAGGCCUGCUGCAGAAGCUGGGGCGUGUGCUGCGUGAGAAGGCAGCCACAGAUCUGGAACGCAUCACAAAGGGCACCAGCAAGACGAGAGAGAAGCUUGGGGUUGUGGAUGAAUUAUUCUCUUACUGGACCUUGGAGGACAGCGAGGACACACUGGAGCAGCUGGAGGACCUAUUGAUUACUGCUGACUUUGGUCCUAAAACAGCUCUCAAGGUUGUGGAUGCAAUACGAGGCGACAUCCGGUCAGGCCUGGUCAAGACCCGCAACGAUGUCAGAACGAGAUUGAAACAGAGCAUUGUGGACGUGCUGAAGGCCAGUGGCAAGAGCAGCGACCUUGAGUUCCCGGACGCCAAGCCAGCGGUGCUGCUGAUUGUGGGCGUGAAUGGCGGGGGAAAGACGACAACCAUUGGAAAGCUCGCAUACAAAUAUGGCAGCGAGGGCGUGAAGGUUCUGUUGGUGGCUGGUGACACAUUUAGGGCGGCAGCGGCAGAGCAGCUGGCAGGCUGGGCAGAACGCAGCAGCGCACAGCUGAUCAGCGCGACCAGCCCCAAGCAGCGCCCGGACAGCCUCAUGUACUCUGCUGUGGAGCAGGCGAUGAAGGACGACACAGACCUGGUCAUCUGCGACACCUCUGGCCGCCUGCACACAAACAUCGGCCUCAUGGAGGAGCUGGCCAAGUGCAAGCGCUCCAUCGGCAAGCGCAUGCCGGGAGCACCCCACGAAGUCCUCCUCAUCCUCGACGGCACCACUGGGCUGAACAUGCUGAACCAGGCGCGGGAGUUCAACGAGACGGUGCAGCUGACGGGGCUGGUGCUCACCAAGCUGGACGGCACCGCGCGAGGGGGCGCCGUGGUGAGCGUGGUGGACGAGCUGCGGCUGCCCAUCAAGUUUGUGGGCGUUGGAGAGACGGUCGAGGACCUGCAGCCCUUCCAGGCAGAGGCGUUUGUGGAUGCGCUCUUCCCAGACAACUAA